AUGCCACGCCAAGUCCCCGCAGAAAUCCUCCUGCACAUCCUCAGUUAUCUCAUCCCAGACGGGAACGACAUCCCGGACCACCACUAUGCGCGCAUCCAGGUGCAGACCCUCUCGCGCAUGAGUCGAGCGUCCCGCGAGCUACGCCGCAUCGCGGAGCCUAUUCUUUACGGGCAACUGCCUCUGGGCUACCAUACACUGAAGGUACUCGAGACGUUAUGCAGCCGCCCAGACCUAGGCGAACACGUGCGAUCAAUAAGCUACUCCUCGUGGGACUACAACGCCGAGAACUGCGCCACCCUCGAGCGUCUACUAUACGAGCGCAUUAGCCCGCUAAUAAGGGACAAAUACCGCUGGCCGGCGCUCAACCAGUUUCUCAAGCACCUGCUCGACGGCGGGAUCGAUCUGCACUGGGAAGAUAACGGGGGGGUUCUGCCACAGACACUAUUGCUCACGCUGAUCCUCUGCCUCACGCCGAAUAUCGAGAUCUUGAACGUGAACGUGGACGCGCUUGACGACAAAGCCGACGCUCUGUCGCGGCUGUUCGAGUUGUGCGGCCGUUACGUCUGCGGUGUGAUGAGACGAGCGAGAAAAGACGGCGACAGUACGCGGUCCAGCCCAGUGGCGCCCCUACAUAAGCUGCGGUCGCUACAGCUCACGUCCACGACAUCUCAUGGCGAACCCGACAGCUGCAGAAAGAAGAAUGUCUACCCCUUGUUCCUUUUCCCUAGGCUUGAGACGCUGGAGUUGUGCAGCUUCAACUGGGUCGACACUUCUCAGCUUGGUCUCGACGAGGACGGAGAAGAGGAUGAGGACGAGCAGGAAAGCGACGGUGAGGACGAGGACGAGCAGGAAAGCGACGGUGAGGACGAGGAGGACGCCGAUGACGACCGCUGGCCUUCACGCCUAGUGCUCACUUCUGCCGGCUCCCAUCCCAACUUGAAGAGCUUCGCUCUGCUUAGCUGUCUCCCAUCCUCGUUCGCCGGCCUACGCGAGAUGCUGCGUAUCUUCCCCAAUCUCCACACUCUCAUUUGUCACUAUGUUUUCACCGAAUGCCGCGAGGCCAUCAACCUCACCAUGUACGGCAGCGUGCUGCGCGAGUUCGGCCCGCAUCUGCGCCAUUUUGAGCUCGAGCCGGCGGAAGGCGCUGACGACAUUGUCGAAAAGGCCGAUGGGGGCGCCCUCGGAUCGCUGCGCGCCAGACUGACGAGCCUGGAGCAGCUACGUUGUCCUAUUUCUGCGCUGGUAGGAUCGGACGUGGCUUCCGACGAGGACAAUGGCGCUGACUUGGAUUUGUGUUCCUUCUUGCCGCCCAGUCUUCGCUGGUUCUGGACAUCUGUGACCGCCAUAGGGGACGCCAGUGUCCAUUACAAAGCACUCGCCUGGAUGCUUGACGAAGCCGGUAGUGCUGCUGAAAGGAAUGGUCAAGGGAGGUUGCCGGCCCUGGAAUGGGUCAUGGUCGGGAUUCACCGCGACAGUAAAGUGCCCACGUUUGAACCUUGCGGUUUCGAUGUGCUGAGAGUGAGCAAGCGCCACUUCUUGUACAGAAAGAGGUCGGCUGCUCCGGUUCGCAACCCGCCAGGCUGGCGACUCUUCUAAAAGCGAACAGUUGAAACCUCAAGUACAACCCCGAGCACAUAUACGAAGCGAAAUCGUUGGAAUGCGGAAGGUCAUAAUGUUAAUUCCUUAAGUAUAUACUACAAACCGCCCCUACCAGCUACAAACGUAAGUCUCCAUUACUUGCUUAGCGGACCUCGACCCAGCAGUAUGAAUAGACUAUCGGGCCAGUAGCCAAUCAGGCUUGGCGGGCGGCGAUGUGACGCAGUUAAACGGAUUUCCAGGGUCUCUCCAGCCCUGUUAAGCUCCACGGACCAGGGGAAGCCCUGAGAUGUAUGCGGGUCAUUCUCGACGGACCCGAGAAGAU